AUGUCCUGGAACCGAUUUCUUCGGCUCAGCGUUUUGAGCUGGCUGCCGUUCGCAUUGGCAUUGCCUAAAGGCAAUGCAACCCCGGCUUUCCCAGUGCCCCCGUCCGCGGUCGUUCAUCCGACUUCCCUGCCGCAUAUUCCCUUCAGUGGCCUCCCAAGCACCACCGGUGCUAUCACCGCUCCAUCAGUUGGCAGUGGAGUGACUCCCAGCAUGGGGGUUGCUCCGACAGCCACAACGUACCCCAGUGACGGGCGGCUCCAUGCCCCUCAGCCCGGCCCUUAUAUCCCGGGCGGUGGUGCAGGAACAAGUGGACAGAUCCCCGUUUAUCGUCCGCAGAGUGACUUUGACUUUGAGUCUCUGGCCCUUGCACUAUACCAAGAGUACAUUGAGCUCGACUUGUUCCAUGAUGGACUGGCUCGUUUCUCCGAGGCCGACUUCACUGCUGCUGGGCUCACUGCCGAGGACCGCUUCUUGAUCGAGUUUAUGGCCGAUCAAGAAGUCGGCCACGCCACCAUGUUGACAAAUAUCCUAGGACCCUUUGCUCCGAAACAAUGCAUAUAUGACUACCCCUACACCACCGUGCAGGAAUUCAUAGACUUCUGCCAGAAGCUUACUCGUUUCGGCGAAUCUGGUGUCUACGGGUUCUUGGCGCAUUUGGACUCGCGUGAAUCAGCAACUCUUCUGCUGCAGUCCAUCACCACAGAAGCGCGACAGCAGAUGGUCUUUCGGCAAUUUGAAGGCCUGUUCCCAAUGCCAGUAUGGUUCGAAGUGGGAGUACCUCAGUCCUGGGCGUGGACUUUGCUGGCGCCGUAUAUCAGCUCCUGUCCUCCGGACCAAACCAGACUAGUUUGGCAGAACUUCCCCGGUCUCUCUAUUAUAAACCAGCCGAAUCCCGUCCGCAUCAAUGCCCAGUCUGCGCAGGGUGAGAUCCUUGGAAGUGGCACGAACACUCUGAACAGCUCCAGCGUACCCGCGUCCGAUCUCUGUUACAACUCCGACGAGGUGGGUGUUAGUUGCAAGCCCGCUAUCACUCGCAACCGAACACAGCCGCUCUCUUACGCUGGUCGUCUGGUGCAGCUGAGCUGGGACCCUCCAGGCAGUCCAGUCGGACCAAACAACAGCUACGUCACGUCAACAAUGGCUGGAGCCCCGAAGUUCGUUGCGUGGGUGUCGCAGCUAAAUGUGACUUACUCGCCCUUGAUUAUCUCUGGCAAUGGUCGUCAGGGUACAACCACCCAGCCGGAUAUGUCGACUUAUGAGGGUGAUCCGGCGAUCAAUGGCACAAUGUUUAUUGCCAUAACGGACUCUGAUCUCUACCUGACGCCGUUCAAUCUCAGCUUGAUCAAUCCUCAUGUCGUUGCCGGCCCGGCUUUGUACCAGGCUGGUUGA